UUAUAUUCAGUUAAGUGUACAAAUAACUGCAAAUCCAAGAGAACAACUAUGUGAAGAGAGAUCUCAGCGCCAGUUCAAAAUUUUCCCGUAACAUGAGUGUUGAAGACAACCUGAACGUCCUUGUUAUUCAGACUUAUGACAAAUAUUGCACCCAAAUUCUUGAUAAAUCAUCGAGUGCACAUGUUUAUUCAUUUCAGAGCGAUAAAAAUACUUGGGCUAAAACCAAAACGGGUGGAGUAUUUUUCUUAUAUAAACGGUAAGUGUCUAGAUACUGUCAUUGCAUCUCUCUUAGGUCUAAAGCUCCGUUUUUCGCUUUCAUGAUUCUGAAUCGCAAAAGUCCAACGGCGAACCAAAUGGAGUUGGUGACUUCAAGUUUACAGCUUCAGCUACACACUCCAUUCCUUUUGUACAAAACAGUAACAGGCAAAAUCUAUUCAAUCUGGUUUUUCUCUGCUAAGGAUUGUGAGCGCAUCGCGGAGAAAUUAGGCAAACUUGUUUUUGAUGCUGGUGGUUUGGGAUUAAGAGUAGCACAAUCCGAUCGAUCCACAAAUAAAACCCAAUCAAAUGCUUCCACUCCUGUUGCAGAUUCUGUGGUUAAUACUCGGAAAUCUCCUGAAACAGUAACAAAAGGAUUGAAUCAAUUAAUGGAUUUUGUUCGUGCAUCAAAUGAAAGUAACAAGACAAGCCCAUUACAACCAUCAAAACUUCACGAUAAUAACAAUUCAAAUGUUCAUAAUCAUUCAGAAGGACCGAGUAUAUUUGAUAUGUUGCACAAAGCUGAAGCUGACUUCAAUUCAGGGGCUAGUGGCAAUCGAACAGCAUCUCAGUCGGAAUUAACUGUUGACGAUGAACUCCAGCGCUUCCGUACAGCUUGUAAUCUACCUGUUACAAAUGGAAAUAAUUCAUCUAAUGAGUAUUCUAAACCUGUAGCUAAUGGCGUUUCAAGUAAUAAGAAAAAUAAACCAGGAACUGGUUCAUCUCAUGCUGUCAAUCAUAUUUCUGUUGUUGAGCUUGAAGAGAAAUUACUUCAGGAGCAUAUAUCUGCUCCUAAAAGUGUCAAUCAGCUGAUUUCACUGUCAAAGCUUUGUAAUGAAUUAAAAGCAGUAACACCAACAGACGAUAGUUCUACAGAUGAUCAGGGUUUAUCACAUGCAUCGGCUUCAGAAUCUCCGGCACAUCGUCAUCAAGCUCGUAGAGAAGGUCACAUUGAUCGAAAUCGUCGCUUACUCAGUGAUGAUGCUGGUUAUAUAGAUGAUAUGGAAAGUGAGAGUAAUCAUGAUCGUAGUUUGCCAAAGUCCUAUGGUGUAGGACAACGUAAACAACGACGACAUUUGCGUCAUCAACAAGAUAAUUUAUCUGAUGAAAUGAUUUCACCAUCUAGUAGUAGUCGGUUAACCAGCCGUAAUAAGUCUACAGAUAACAAAUCAAUAUGUGAUACGAUUAUAGGAGAGGAAAUACUUGUUACACCUGAUAUGUUAACUAAUCAUCCAUCAUCUAUUUUACCGGCAUUCGAUCCUGAACUGAAACGCGAUAAGCAGCAUGCACUUGGUAGUGGUUCAUUCCAAGAAAAUAAAACUCCCACUAUAUCCACAGAGAGAACACUUUCCAGUGAAUGUCUGACAAAAGAUCAAUUAAAAGAGACCCUGAUCCACCUUUUGCAAACGGAUGAUGAUUUUGUCCACCGCAUCCAUACUGGUUAUGUUAGCGUAUUAGAGAGAAGAUUAUCCAGAAAUUAGCAAUGAAUGCAAUACAAUACAGUAUACUUUUGUUUCGUUUUAUUUUAACGUAUCUUUGCGUUGUCUCUUUUUGCAUUAACCCUAAGUAGUGUCAAUUUGAUAAAACUCGAAAAUGGAAGGGAUGUGUCGCGGUGGUUAUUGUAGAGUAGUAGUAGUAGUUACCUUUUUCGUUGUUGUUGUUGUUGACAUUCUUCAGCUUCACUUUGUCUUCUUUUUCCCUCUCUCUCUCUGUUGUUUUUGUCAUCGAUUUGGUUUAUUCUUAUGGAAAAAGGAAAAUAACAUGUUUCUUGUAGCUGUUAUCUCUCUAUAUAUAUAUUAUAGAUAAUGGACAGUUAUAAUAUAUAUAUAUGUAUUUGUUUUUUGGUGUGUCAUAAUAUCAAAUCUGUAUUCUGCAUUCACAACUGACUUCCAAGCAUUUAUUAUUUAGUCAUUUUUGUAAGUUUCAGUAGACAUUUUUUAAUCAUCAUUCUUGUUGUUAUUAUUACUAUUAGAACAUAUGUACAUUAUAGCAUCUCUAUUAUUAUUAUUACUAUUAUUGUUGUUGUUGUGCGUGUAAACAUGUACAUGGAGUUGAUUAACAUUCCUUUGUUAUUGUUAUCCUGCGAAUGGACUACACAUAUGAUCCAGUCAGUCAGUCAGUUGUACAUUUCGCUUCCCGUUUCCGGUAAUUGGGAUAUUCUGUAUUGUAUUUUGUUAUUUUUUUAUGUGGGAUAGAUACUUGUUGAGGUGGCGUUCCCCUUAUCAUUGUCGUUAUCAUCAUCAUCAUCAUAUCAAGAUAUAAAAUUGUUGGUUUGAAAGAAAUGUGUUCAUCUGUUUACUGAGUAUUUCUUUGUUUUUGUGUUUGCAUUGACCUCUCUCUCUUGUCUCUCUCUCCGUGUUCCCUACUUCAUCAGGAUAAAAUAACAAAUGUUGACAUGAAACAUUUAACCACUUGCAUAUGUUAAAUUAAAUCGUGUUGAAUUAAUUGUGCGCACAUACAUAUAUAUACAUAACUAGCUAGCAUUGUCAAAUACCAUUAUAAAUGUAAUAUUCUGCUCAAAUUUUCACUAAUAUUGAUUUCUUUUUCUCUCUUCCAUUCAGUUCACAUUUGUUUGAAAAUAAAGCUGGCUAACUAAUGAUUUUUCUUAAAAAGAAAUUUUCUAUCGGACUAGAAACUUUAAAAGUAUAAAAUUAUUAGCCUAGUAAACUGAAAGUUAUGCUGUCAUAUCACUUCACCCUUGCGUUUUUCGUUGUCUACCAGAGA